CAUGCCAACGGGAAAGUCUUUGCAAUCCAAGCAGUGAAAAGAUCCACAUGAAGCCACUUGAUCACUGUAUCCCGAUUUCUGCAUGGAUUUAAUAGGGACCUAAUGUCAGGACCUCAAAUGGAGAUUUCCUCAUCGCCCAAAGAGGCUCUCCCAAACACCUCCCUAAUGAUGGGCGCGGUGGGGAGCACCAGGCCUUAAUCAACCCCCCGGGUCCGCGAAUUAACUCUACAAGCUGCAGCUGAGAGCACUCACGAUCGGCGCCUGCUAACUGGGCCACAGGCUCCUCCCAGCCUCCGGGACUGACGACUUCUCUCUGCUACCUGAAAAUGGAGAGCCAGGAGCUCUGGAGACAUGAAGGCUGAAGUUUGCAACGUGGCGGAGCAGAGCUAGGCUGCCCUUGGCGCUCCCAACCUCCAGUCCGGUGCCCAGAGAAUCUUCGCCCACAGAAUUCCGAUGACUUCCAUUACUUGAGCAGGACUGGAUCCGAGUCGGUGGCCGCGCGAAGUUCCGGCUGAUUGUCCCAAGUGGAGCCGAGGCUGCCGGCGAGAUGGAUAAAAAGUCCUUCGAAACCGUGCUGGAUGAAAUUAGGAAGGCAGUUUUGACUGAGUACAAGUUAAAAGCAAUCGAAUAUGUCCACGGAUACUUUUCCAGCGAACAGGUGGUCGAGCUACUGAGAUACUUUUCUUGGGCUGAGCCCCAGCUGAAGGCGAUGAAAGCGUUACAGCAUAAAAUGGUUGCCGUUCCAGCGGCAAAAGUGGUCAACAUCCUCAACUGCUUCACCUUUAGUAAAGAUAAACUUAUUGCUCUGGAACUGUUGGCUUCCAACAUUGUCGAUGCUCAGAACUACCGUCUUAUUGAAGAUCUGUUCAGGAUAAAUAUGUCGGAGAAGAAGCGGUGCCGAAGAAUUCUUGAGCAGGCUUCAAAAGGGGGCUGUAAAGCCCCUCAUGCUAUGAUCUCUUCCUGCGGAGUGAUUCCCGGAAACCCGUAUCCCAAAGGAAAACCAAGUCGGAUUAACGGAAUUUUCCCGGGGACGCCUAUCAGGAAGGAUGGUGAAGAAUGUACUAAUGAAGGCAAAGGAAUUGCUGCACGGAUACUUGGGCCAUCCAAACCCGCCCCAUCGACGUAUAACCCUCAUAAACCCGUUCCCUAUCCCAUACCCCCGUGCCGGCCGCAUGCAACGAUUGCACCAAGUGCUUACAAUAAUCUGGUGCCAAUGGGAAAUGUCAUGGUGCCAGGGGUGCCCCCUCCACCUCCGUAUACUCCCAACCCAGUGGGAACAGAAAAUGAAGACAUUUCCAGUCAGUCAAAACCAGCCCAGAAUCAAACAUUUUCUGCCCAAGCCAAUCAGCUGUUUUCUCCUCACGGGUCAACUCCUCCCACCCCCGCCCCCACCCCCGCCCCCACCCCUUCCCCGGUGAAGGCCGGGAGUCACCCGUCGGCCCCGGGAACGCCGCUGGUUCCCGGGAUGGGCCUGUCCACCCCGGUCCUCCCGGUGUUCCCCGGGCAGGUGUCCUCGGCGAUCCCGACGGCCCAGCCGUCCCUCGCCACGCCGACCGUCAUCAAGACCCUCUCCCUCCCCACCGCCACCGUGACCUCGGUCCACAGCGUGACGCCCAACCCGAUCCCCACGAGUUUCUCGGGGCUGGCCUCGCUGCCGGCCGCGGCCCCCCAGGGCCCCUCCGCCCCGCCUGCCACUCCGGCGCCCGGCGAAGCCUUCGCCUCCGCCUCGGCCCCCGCCUCGGCCCCGUUCGGCGGCCUCCCCUUCUCCGCCCCCUCGCCGGUCGGCUCCGCGGGGGGUCACAACCCCGCCUCGCUGUCUUCCGUGUUCGGGGGCCUCCCCCUUUCCUUCCCGCCCGCCGCCGCCGCCGUCCAGGGAGGAGCCAGCCCGGCUCCCCCCGGCUCCUCCGCCCCCGGCCUGCCGGGCCCCAUGGGCCUGAGUAAUCCGCUCCUGUCCGUGUUGAAAGGCUUCCUGACCUCCGGCGAGCCCGCUCUGAUCAAUUCCGCCGCCCUGCCCUCGGCGGUGCCCGGCGGGCUGGCCUCCCUGUCGUCCCUGGCGGCAACGCAGAGCCCCGACCCCCCGGCGUCGUCCUUGGGCAAGUGCUACGCCCCGUCGGCCGCGCCGCCCCCGCAGCGCUCGUCCACGCCCGCGGGGCUGGCCGUCUUCCCGGGGCUGCCGUCCCCGGCGCUGGCCAACCCCAGCUCCACCCCGCCGGCCCCCGCGCCCCCGGCCUGCGGCUCCUCGCUGCCGCCGUUGCCCGGCCCGGAGCCGCAGGGCCCGCCCGCCCCCGCCGCCUCGGGGAUCGCCGUGAUGGUCAAGACGGAGCCCACCAGCCCGACCCCGUCGGCCUUCAAGGGCCCGUCCCACUCGGCCAACCCCGCCCACGGGCCCUUGGGCCUGUCGGCGGCCCUGGGCCGAGCUUUCAACCCGGCGGCCUCGGCGCCGGUCAGCUUGUCCCCCUGCCUUAACCCGGCCCUGUCGGGCCUGUCCUCCCUGAGCAGCCCCCUCAACAGCUCCUCUCCCCUGUCUUCCAUCAGCCUGGCGCCUCACGCCGCCUCCACCCCGCUGGCCCCUGUGUUCACCGCUCUUCCCUCUUUCACGUCUCUCACCAACAACUUCCCUCUCCCCGGCAACCCGGCGGCCCUGGCGCCCCCGGCGACCCUGCCCGGCUCGCUGAUGGGCACGCCGUCUAGCGCGGCCCCCUCGGCGCCCGGCGCCCACGCCAGCAGCGCCUCGGGGCCGGCGGUCCUCCCGGGCCUGACGGCCACCGCCGCCCCAGCCUCGGCCGCCCCGUUCCCCGCCCUCAACCUGUCCUCGGCCGUGCCCUCGCUCUUCUCCGUCGCCCAGGGACCCCUGCCCUCCUCGAACCCUUCGUUCCCCGGCUUCCCCGUCUCCAACGCGCCUGCCGGGGCCCCGGUCCUACCCUCGUUCCCGGGGCUCCAGGCGGUGUCCUCCGGAGCGGCCGCAGCCACGGCCCCGUCCCCGGCGCCCGUCCUGCCCGGCUUCGCCUCCGCCUUCAGCUCCAACUUCAACUCGGCCCUCGUGGCCCAAGCCGGUUUGUCUUCCGGACUUCAAGCUGCUGGAAAUUCCGUCUUUCCUGGACUUCUGUCCCUGCCCGGUAUCCCCGGAUUUUCCCAGAACCCCUCCCAGUCUUCCUUGCAAGAACUGCAACACAACGCAGCGGCACAGUCAGCCCUGUUACAGCAGGUUCAUUCGGCUUCGGCCCUGGAGAGCUACCCCGCGCAGCCCGACGGGUUCCCCAGCUACCCGUCCGCCCCGGGAACGCCAUUCUCCUUGCAGACAGGCCUGUCCCAGAGCGGGUGGCAGUGAAGAGAGCCGGCGAGCUCUCCACCUCCCUCCUUCGGACCGAGCCCGGAUCGCGUGAGGACGGCACCGGCGGCUCGAGACACGGGAAGCUAGAGAGACGU